AUGGGUGUAAAAAUUAGUGAACUUGCGCGUAAUGUUUAUUAUGAUGGAAUAUGGCGCUUUUGGACUAGACGUAUUGCUACCGUAUUUCUGCCAUUUUUUGUUCUAUUAUAUUGCAAUGCAGCUAUUGUAGUUAAUUUACGAAAGAAUAAUCGUGAAAAUACAAUUAAAAUGCUUAUAUUAUAUUGCAUAUUUGGGGUUUCGGUAGCAUCAUGUAAACUUCGUAAUCGUGUCAAAACAGCCACCAGAUCACUGAUAAUGGUUGUCACCUGUUAUCUAUGCUCAAAUAUUAUUGAUGUUUUCAUUGCUGCAUGGGAAUAUUUGGAUGAUGCAUCAUUGUUACAAUUGGAAGAAUUUUAUUCGAUUGCAACCGAUGUUUCUUCAUUACUUACCAUAUUAGCUGCUAGUUUACGCUUUCCUAUCUAUUUAAUUAAUGAUAAAAUUAUUUUAAGAGAGGUUCGUUUUACUCUAUGCUUCUUCUAUUAUCAUUUGGUGGUCUGUUUCUCAGUACUAUCAAAAAGAACCAAACAGAGGAAGCAUCAUUUAAAGGAUGAAUUGAAACAACAACUGAAUAGUCAAAGUAAAACUAUCACGCACAAUUCGACGGAAAAUAUUACGUUACGUAAAACACGAAAUAGUUUGGGAGCAGUCUUUAUAUCGGUAACAGGUAUUGGAUUAGGUAGACAACAUUCUCAACAUUCAGUUUUUGCAUUGGAAAGGAUCCCUUCACAAACUUCAGUCCGAAUUCCAUUAGCUGUUAAAGAAGAAGAAUCAUCUUCUGAGAUAACCGACAAACAUGAAACACUAUUAUUGCUGUCUUCUAAUCCGCUAUUCAAUGAAGCUGAAAAUGAUUCCGUUUCCAUAUCGGAAUGA